AUGGAAGUGAUUCAAGUGCUUCACAUGAAAGGAGGAGUUGGAGAAACCAGUUAUGCAAACUCUCCAGAUAUAUUUACCAGCUUAAAUCACAAUAUCAGUUUGUUAAUAUCACAAAAGGUGCUACCCAUGACGAAGCCAAUCACAGAGGAAUCCAUGACCGAGCUCUAUUGCAGCACCUACCCUGCAGGCAUAGCCAUCGCAGACUUGGGUUGUUCUUCACGACCAAACGCCUUCUUUGUGGUAUCUGAAUUUAUCAAACUGGUGGACAGUAUUCGCCAAAAGCUAGGCCAAAAAUCACCCGAGUAUCAAGUGUUUUUGAAUGACUUUCCAGGUAAUGACUUCAACACGAUUUUCAGGUCCUUACCCAGCUUCCAGAACAAACUGAAGAAACAACUUGGAGAUGGCAGCAGGCCAUGUUUUUUCACCGGUGUCCCUGGUUCUUUCUAUGACAGGCUUUUCAGAAACAAUAGUCUGCAUUUCGUACACUCUUCCUAUAGUCUUCACUGGCUCUCUCAUGUUCCUGGAGGGCUGGAAAGUAAAAAAGGCAACAUUUACAUGGCUAGCACAAGCCCGCCAGAUGUGCUUAAGGAAUAUUAUGAGCAAUUCCAGCAAGAUUUUUUGUUGUUUUUAAAGUGUAGAUCGGAGGAACUGGUGGAUGGAGGGCGUAUGGUUUUGACACUUUUAGGGAGAAGAAGCGAUGAUCCUUCAAGCAAAGAGUGUUGUUACAUUUGGGAGCUCUUGGCCAUGGCUCUCAACGAUAUGGUCUUUGAGGGACUCAUAGAAGAAGAGAAGUUGAUCUCCUUCAACAUACCUAAAUACACGCCAUCUCCAGCUGAGGUUAAAUCUGAGGUUCUGAAGGAAAGAUCCUUCACGGUCCAUCGUUUGGAGGUUAAUAUUGAAGUUAAUUGGAAUGCAUGUCAGAAUGAACCUGAGCUGUCUGAUGCAUUCAAGGAUGGUGGCUACAGUGUUGCAAAGUGCAUGAGGGCUGUGGCUGAGCCAUUACUUGCCAGCCACUUUGGUGAAGCAAUCAUUGAUGAGGUGUUCCGGAGGUACAGAGAUAUCGUUGCUGAUCGCAUGUCCAAGGAGAAGCCUGAGUUUGUCAACGUGACUAUUUCCCUUAUAAAAGGAUAAUCAUCUAAAUUUCUUUAGAUCAAUUAUCGGUGGCUUCCCUGAAAAACCCUUGUUCUGAUGAUAAAGUGGUGGGCUAUAUAUGUU